CGAUACUCUGCGGCCAGCACCAUGUCCCGCCAGCUCUCCCCCGGGUCCGCCAACGCUCACCCCCACUUCCAACAACCGGCUACCCCGCAGUCCGUCCGACAAAAGGCCAAAGUGUACGCUCCCGGCAUCGUCGCCGGUGUUGAAGAUGUAAAAUAUCAGGCGAAAUACAAGGACCUCAAGCGGAAGGUCAAAGAAAUUGAAGCGGAUAACGACAAGCUGCAAUACAAGGUCUUGCAGGCCAAGCGUAACAUUCAGCGCAUGAAACUCGAGAGGGCAAUUCUGUACGAACGACUAUCUAUGAUACCGCCCUCACCCGAGCACCAUGGCCGACCCUUGCCCCCCGUUGGCAUACAGCAAGCACCGCUUCAGUAUCCAUCCCCUCACCCGCAAGCUGUAGAACAAGCCGCACUCGAGGCCUCCGAGCACGCGCGACGCCACUCACAAGGCCCACGCCUCGCGCCUAUCGCCCUCCAGCAUGACCGUUCCCGGCCGCCUGUCGAGGAAAUCACCAUUGGGCCCGGCAUGAUCCCUCCCCCUCCACACGGCCUUCCCGGCCUCCACGCACCGAACAACGGACGCAUGCUCCCUGAAGGCGAAGCAUACCGCCAGCUGCCGCCGCUGCCCGCAAUGCAAGGACCGGGAGGACUGCCCCCGCCACGAGGACACCCUCAUCACCUCCCACCGCCUCCCUCCAUUCCGCACUCGCAUUCUUCAUCGCCUUCGGAUGUCGGUGGACGCACGCCGCGUGGUGUACCAGCAUCUGCGCACUCGCUCAGUCCGCCAAUGGGGCCUGCCCCGCCGCACGUUGUGAUGCCCGGUCCCGGGCAUGCUCCUCCUCCCUCUGCGACGCUUUCGCCCUCCACAAGCAGUCGGUCGAGCAGCCACCACCACCAUCACCACCACCACCAUCGCACCAACUCUGGCCGCAUCCACAACCACCAGCGCAUCGGACCUGGUGUCAAUAUCAACCAAGCCGAAUGGGAGCGUCAGCGCGAAGAACGCGAUCGACACCGCGAGCAGAUCGAACGUGAACGCGAAUGGGAACGCGAGCGGGACCGCAACAUGGAGAGGGAGUACGAGCGCGAACGCGAGAUUCGCAUGAUGCGCGAGUACGAGCUCGGUCGGCAACGCGACAUGGAGGUGCAAGCUAUGCAAGAGCGCCAGCAGCACCGUGAGCGCGACGCUCUGCGCCGCGGCCAGACUCCACCACCCUACGCACCCUCGCUGCGAGGCGGCGCGCGCGACACCCCCCCGCGCGACGUGCCACGUCUCGAGCGUCGCGAGAGCGGGCACUCCUCCCGCCCCUCGCGUUCCGAUUCACCAUCCUCUUCGGGCGGGCACCCACGCGAUCGUGAGCUUAUCUCCGAAGGCCUCUCCCGGCCGAGCUCCCGCACCCAGCAUCCCGAGAUGCCAGUGGGUCAUACGGCGGGCUCGCGCUUGCCUUAUCCGGACUCCUCUCGCUCCCUGCUGUCUGGUCCUGGGGUUGAUUCCCGCAAACGCUCGCGAGGUGACAUGGAGGUUGAUGACGAGGGCCCAAUGCCUCCGCGAGGCGAGGCGGAUCACUACAGAUCUUACUCAGACGACCGCGACCGGGGCUACAAGCGCCACCACCUCCAGGACGAGCCGAUGGACAUCGCCCCGACGCGCGAUCUGGACGAGGGUCCUGGUCAGGGUGACGAGUGACGAGGUCUUUCAAAGAAGCAAAGUUUGUAUCCCG